AUGAAGGUGUGGGAGUGUAAUGAAGGGACUCCAGAGGCUGCCCAGAAGGGGCGAGAGAAGCCUGCAGAAAGAACUGACUCGGGCGCUGGCACCUUGGCCGUGUUUAUGGCCAGCAGCGGAACCGCAGAGGUCGCAAAUCGGAACAGCGCCGCCACACCGCCCAACACCCUGAACCUCCGCUCCUCCCACAAUGAACUGUUGAACGCCGAAAUCAAGCACUCGGAAACCAAGAACAGCACCCCUCCCAAAUGCAGGAAGAAAUAUGCACUGACUAACAUCCAGGCGGCCAUGGGCCUCUCGGACCCAGCCGCCCAGCCCCUGCUGGGAAAUGGCUCUGCCAACAUGAAGCUGGUGAAGAAUGGGGAGAACCAGCUCCGCAAGGCUGCCGACCAGGGGCAGCAGGACCCCAACAAGAACAUCAGCCCCACGGCCAGCAUCAACAUAACUUCUGAGAAGUUAGAGGGCAAAGAGGCCCCCCCGCAGGAGUCCUCGGCCUGCGAGAUUUUACCCUCCCAGCCCAGGAGAACUAAGAGCUUCCUAAAUUACUAUGCAGACCUGGAAACCUCGGCCCGAGAGCUAGAGCAGAACUUGGGCAACUGCCCCGGGGCUGGGGAAGAGAAGUCUCAGACGGGCCAGGGCCAGGCCUCCACCAUCGCUGGGAAUGGCGAGUUGCUGCUGCAGAAACCAAGCAAGCGCCAGACCAGCCCUGAAGAUGGCCAGGUAGCCACGGUGUCCUCCAGCCCAGAGACCAAGAAGGAUCACCCUAAAACGGGAGCCAAAACCGACUGCGCGCUCCACCGGAUCCAGAACCUGGCGCCGAGCGACGAGGAGUCGAGCUGGACCACCUUGUCGCAGGACAGCGCCUCCCCCAGCUCCCCGGAUGAAACAGCAGACAUAUGGAGUGACCACUCGUUUCAGACCGACCCGGAUUUACCGCCCGGCUGGAAGAGAAUCAAUGACAUCGCUGGGACCUACUAUUGGCACAUCCCCACAGGAACCACGCAGUGGGAGCGGCCCGUCUCCGUGCCGGCCGACCUUCAGGGCUCACGCAAAGGCUCUCUUAGUUCUGUAACGCCAUCUCCCACCCCAGAGAACGAGAAACAGCCAUGGAGUGAUUUUGCUGUUCUGAAUGGGGGAAAGAUUAAUAGUGACAUUUGGAAGGAUUUGCACGCGGCCACCGUUCACCCAGACCCCAGCUUAAAAGAGUUUGAAGGAGCGACGCUACGCUAUGCAUCUUUGAAACUCAGAAACGCCCCUCAUUCUGACGACGAUGAUUCCUGUAGUAUCAACAGCGACCCAGAAGCCAAGUGUUUCGCUGUGCGCUCGCUGGGGUGGGUGGAGAUGGCAGAGGAGGACCUCGCGCCCGGGAAGAGCAGCGUUGCCGUCAACAACUGCAUCAGACAGCUCUCCUACUGCAAAAACGACAUCCGCGACACGGUCGGCAUCUGGGGCGAGGGGAAGGACAUGUACCUGAUCCUGGAGAACGACACGCUCAGCCUCGUGGACCCCAUGGACCGCACGGUGCUGCACUCCCAGCCCAUCGUGAGCAUCCGCGUGUGGGGCGUGGGCCGCGACAAUGGCCGGGAUUUUGCUUAUGUAGCAAGAGACAAAGAUACAAGAAUUUUGAAAUGUCAUGUAUUUCGAUGUGACACACCAGCAAAAGCCAUCGCCACAAGUCUCCACGAAAUCUGUUCCAAGAUUAUGGCUGAGCGGAAGAAUGCCAAGGCCCUGGCCUGCAGCGCCUUGCAGGAGAGGACCCACGCGAAUCUCGAUGUUCCUUUGCAAGUAGACUUUCCAACACCAAAGACAGAGCUGGUCCAGAAGUUCCACGUUCAGUACCUGGGAAUGCUCCCUGUCGACAAGCCAGUCGGCAUGGAUACUCUGAAUAAUGCCAUAGAAAGUCUCAUGACCUCGUCUGACAAGGAGGCGUGGCCAUCAGUGAACAUGAACGUAGCUGAUGCUACUGUGACGGUCAUCAGUGAAAAGAGUGAAGAGGAGAUCUUGGUGGAGUGUCGCGUGCGGUUCCUGUCCUUCAUGGGCGUGGGCAAGGACAUCCACACAUUUGCCUUCAUCAUGGACACUGGCAGCCAGCGCUUCGAGUGCCACGUAUUCUGGUGUGAGCCCAACGCCGGGCACGUGUCCGAAGCGGUGCAGGCCGCCUGCAUGUUGCGGUAUCAGAAGUGCUUGGUAGCCAGGCCGCCUUCCCAGAAGGUGCGGCCGCCUCCCCCGCCGGCAGACUCGGUGACCCGGAGAGUCACCAGCAACGUGAAGCGAGGGGUCCUGUCCCUCCUUGACACUUUGAAACAGAAGCGCCCCGUUCCCGAGACGCCGUAGCGGCCGCGCCCAGCCGCAGGGCCAAGAGCUGCACUCCAGACCCGGGCCUCCCGCUUCAUGGCUGCCGCCUCGUGCGCACGGGCGCACUCCUGCACCAGUGUUAGACAAGCAUGCUCUCUCGUCUUGCUUGCCGCCAUCCUGUGAUAGGAAACGAAGCAUGACUACUUGUUUUUUGCUGUCAGUCAGUCACCUCGCGAGCAGUGGGAGGUCUUUUUCUUACUGUAAAUAUUGUGGACAUCGCUUAACUUCACGCACGCAGGGAAGAGUGCGGCCACACCAUGCCCCGUGAGCUAGGCACCGGUGCCCGAGGCCGUCCCGCCGGCUCCUGGACUGGCUCUGCCCCGAGGCCGGCCACCUUUGAGUCCUCCAGCACUUGGCCCUGUUGUUAGCCUGGGAGUAGACACUGCGUAGCGGCCACCAUUGUACUGUACAAAUACGAGGAGUCUUUGUUCGAAUUUUUCAUGAAGUUGAACCUGUUGGUUGAGACGUGUGGCUAUUGGCAUCAGUCUAGAAACCGACAGACAGCUUUCCUGGACGAGCUCUGACACACGGACGCCAUUUCAUGUCUACAGCUGUUUGUGGGAUGUUGGAAAAAGUAAAACUCUAAAAUUGAUGAGAAACUAAAUUUACAAAAAUUAAAGUGGAACAAAAAGUAGCCUUUCUUUUCAGAUGGUUUUCAAACCAAUUAUUUUAAAAGAGAGAUGAACAAAAUCCAUGCAUUUCGGGUGGGACACAUUUCAAACUUCUGCCUUAUAUUGUACAAUGCAGCUAGAGAAUCAAAUAGUUCACCAAGGCCAUUCUCUACACACACAUGAAAAUGAAAUACUCCUCAGAACCCCUUCAUCCUUAGUUCAACAAUUAGCUAAUAUGCAAUUUCAACACAAGGAAGUGUCAUUUUAUGUCUUUGGCGUAUCUCCGUGAUGUUAUUUUUGUUAGCCCACAUCCUAGAGGCCAAUGUUACGCUGGACUUCUGCACCUAGCUCAGUCUUACUCCCAUUUUUUUGUCCAGAAAGCUGUCUGUCCAUCACCUAUUGUCCAUGGCAACAAAUUACCUUAAGUUGAACCUUUCUUCCAUUUGUGUGUUUAAUAAUUGAUAUUUGUUACACAACUAGAUAUAUUUAAAUUUUUUUUCCAUUUUGCUUUUGAGAUUUAAAAACUUCAUGUCAGAACAGAUAUCCAUAGGGAUCAUGGACUAUUUAAGAAAGUUUCCCAAAAACAGCAUUUUACUGCUUUUUAUGUAGAUAAGAAACUUUAGCUGUAAAGAUACACACAUUUAGACCUGUUGACCUUGUUGUUUUCAAAAGAAAAUCGCUAAGGAUAUCAAUCUCAAUAUUAGUCUCAUUUACUUUUUAAUGUCAGAAUUAACGUUUACAGCAUCUAGUUAAAGUAAUACUUUAUGUUUCUAUAUUGCUAUGUACUUGUCAAAGUGAUCUCCACAUUCUUAUCACAUAUGAGCCUUAUAAAACGGUAGAGAAAGUACCACACUUGAGAAAUUAAAAUACGAAGUACCAAGAGGCUGAAGCUACUGGCCUACCACCUCCCCAAAGGUAACGAGAGAGCUAGGGCUAGGACACAUGGCUCCCAGCCCCUGGUGCUUGCUGGGUGAUGCUGCCCCCAUCCAGUCAGGAAGGGCCCUUCCAAGACCACUCUGGGCUUCAGCGUAGACAAAGAAGAGCAGUUUUGAGGAUAGCCAUUGUCAGGCGAUCUCAGAAUUCCCCAUUCAAGCGUAAGUAGAGAGGAAUGUCCAACUAGCAAAGGACCCAGCUUGCAGCACACCUCAGAUGGAUUGUAGAGGACAGGGUUCGACUUCAGCUCAGCCUGCUCCAUCUAUGAGAUUUUUCCGUGGAUGAUGUUCCUUGUGGUAGACCUUCCUCGCUCAUGGAGUUAGCCCCAGAGAACGUGACGCCACCAGCGGGUGGCCUCCUGCCUGCCCUUCCUGCCUGGAAUUCCUGGCAGGGGCCUGUGGGGACAGGAAUGGCUCGCUAGCACCCUCACGUCACGACAGAAAUGAUUCUGCUUUAGUAAUGAUUAUACCUCUCUCCAGCUGACACUCUGCUGUCUAACCAGUGCCAUUGGAAGUUUGCCAUCAGGAGACUCCUGACUGCCCUCUGAAAAGCGCUUCAGAAUUCAGUUAGGAUCUUUUGUCUUGAUAUCUACCGCGUAAUGUGUUAGUGUGAUAAACUUCCAAGUUCUAAACAGGAAAUCUACUUUUAUAUUGCAAAUCUCUACCAGAGCCCCUUGUUCAGUUUUUAAUAGCAUCUAUUUGUUUUCAGAAUCAGGAAUACUGAGCUAGCUUUACGUAGCAAACAGAUUUAUAUAUGCAAUUAUAAGAUGCAUUAAGAUGAAUGAUAGCCUUUACAUAUUGAAAACUUUACUGCACAUUUUUUGUGUUGAAAAUAGCUUUGCAUACUAAAUGCAAAUUAAUUUUGUAAAAUUAAUUAUGUUAAGCGGUAUGUUCAGACACUUUCUGCCAUGGCCAAAAAGUGUGUAUGAAAGUAUGUGUGUAUUUGUCUGUGAAAGGAUGCCAGUGUUUUACCUGGUACCUUCGUGACACUUCAGUUACCUAUGCAUUCUUUAUAUCUGUGAUGCAGUAAACAGGCAGCCGUGUUCAGUAUGCCUUGUGUGUCUUGGCAUUUUUUUAAAUUAACCUGUUAAAUACAGCUUAAAUAUUUUUAUUUUAUUUAUUCUAUUUUUACUGAAAUAUACUGCGUUGUUGUGUUACUGUAUUCUCUUUACUGGAUAAUUAUCUCACAACCUAUCCAGGUCUGUGUAUUCUCUGUGAACUAUACAUCGCCUAAAAGGUGGUUUUCUAAUGACUUGUAGUCACAUUUCUACUGGACUAUGUAGAGGAAAAGGCAAAAUGCUCCCUAUUCCUUUUAGUUUUUAAAAGCAGCUAGACAGACACAGGCCUGCCGCCUCAACUGUGUGCUCCUGGGUGGCGCCAAGGGGCCACCUGCCCACAGCUACAGACCUUACUUUGCAGAGCCAAGCACUGCGCGGUGCUUCACGGCGAUGCCCUUCACGGCACGUGUGAGUUCACCUUGGCGCUAGACAUGUCCAUGUGCCCUUUGUCUCCCCCUGGCUCAAAGAUCAUCCCUGGUUAAUUAGGACCACUGGUUUUUGUCUGUCUCAUUGCAUGAAGGGACAUUACACCCACCUCCACUUCUUGUUGAUAAACUGUUGGCACUGCUACUUCUAAAAUCCACCUUCUGAGUUUAAGAUAGACACUUACAAGAGUACCCUGUUACACAAGGCCCAGGACUGGAGGCCCCAGGGCGCCCCUCCUGUUCUCAGAUGGCACUCUCAUUUGUAAGCAUUGCAACACAAAUUCAGGACCUCAUAAGCAAUGUGAAAACCAUUUCCCGUUAUGAGCACAAUGUAAUGAGUGAAGCCAAGAGCUCUCUAGUGGGCCAGGCUUACGCUAAUCCACGCCUCACGUGUCAGUCAAGUUUGAUUUCCCUCCCUCACACUGCAUCCAGGAGGGCAGUCCCUGGCAUCCAGAGCGGCUUGUUCAUCCCCAAAGAAGGGUUUUUCCUUUUUGUCCCUUUGCUGUUGACCAUUUUUACAAAAUGUAAUAUGUUGUGAAAAUAAAUUUAGCUGCAUAAAAUGUCUGGCUCAUUUCUCUACCAUCUCAAUCAUAAAGACAAGGACUGGGAAUGUCAAUGGACCGUCUCUCCAGUGUUUAGUUUAUUUUUACCUUGAAUUAAGUUUUUUAGAAAGCACCUUAACGUAAGCUUCUGCUUUGAUUAGCUCUUGCGGAUUUCCACUUGGUUAGAACUAGGAAAUCACCUUACAUCUGAGUGCUUGUGCUGCCCUUGCUAGGUGAUCAAGAGCGACAGCCAGCGUCCUGGACACAGAAGCUGCUUCGUCCCAACUCGAGCCUUGUAAGCUGUCCAUCUAGGGUUAAGAUACUUGAGCACAAAGAGUCUUUGAUUUCAUUGAAGAGCUUGGCUUUAAAGAAUGAAGAAUAGAGACGUACAGGCACUAGUUCCGCAGUGAAAGGGAACUAGAAAAAUCUGGUUUCGUUGAGCUGUUAAGACACAUGGAAGAUAAAGAAAAUUUCAAAUACAUACCCACAUUUUGUUCAAACUGUGCCACCCCCAGUCAUUUUUCUCACUCUGUUAAAGGCAGCGACUCUCAAAAACAAAAGUUCCUUUGGGUUUCAGGUGCUGUAUGGGAGCAAAUAAUUGCAGGUGGUAAUCUGAAUCUGCUAUUGGAAUAUCUAGACCCAUUAUUUCACUAUUUUACAUCAUUGCAGCACAUUUCUCUAAGAAGUUCAAGAAAGUAAAAUGCCAAGCAAAAAGUAUAAUCAGUAUUAUUCUUCACUAAAAUUCUCUCAUUGGUUUUAUCCAAAGCAUUUUCCCUUUUUACACUACCUGAAGUCUUCAUCCAUCCUGGCCUUCAAAGAUUUUGAAAGAAGAAAACUGCAGCCUUGACUAAUGAAUGUUUUAAUUUAGAAUCUUCGUAGACUUCAAAAGACAAAGAAGGAACUUAGUACCAAGGUGUGUGUAGGAAAAGAGGAAGAUAGUGGCUAGAAAUUGUGACACCAAUCACAGGCUCCAAGAGAGUUUAACAAAUAUCUUAAAUUAUUUCAUAACAACGGGAAUUAACUUCUUAUAAAAAAAUACACUUGAAAAUAAAAACCUCAGACCUGCUAUUUGUGGACAGUGGCAUAUUUUUCAACCUCAGAUGGACGAGGGCACAGGAAAAGAAUAAAACAUUCCUGGGAUGAAAAUACCAGCUCUUUAAACAACGUCACUUAUUUGAAAAGCAAAGCCAGAGAGAAACAAGCAGAGACAGCGAGAUCUUCCAUCUGCUGGUUCAUUCCCCAAAUGCCCACAACAGCCAAGGUGGGACCAGGCUGAAGCCAGGAGCUGAGAACUCCAUCCGGGUCUCCCACAUAGAUGGCAGAGAACCAACGACUUAGGACAUCAUCUGCUGCCUCACAGGUGCACAGCGGCAGGAAGCUGGGCUGGAAGCAGUGCAGGUCUGUACCCCAGUCACUCGGGAAUGGAAUGCAGGUGUGCCAAGUGGCGGCUUAACUUGCUCUAUGCCAACGCCUACACCCCAGAUACCAGCUCUUUCUGUUCAGUUAAGCCACACUGCCCUUCCAGGGGCAUGGGAUACACUCAGACAGAUUUGAGAGGCAAAAAGAAUGAAACACAAUUUUAGAGCUCAGAGAUAGUUUCUUCAUUUUUUAAAAAUCAGUAAAAUAAGCUAAGCAUUUAAAACAACUCUGUACUAUAGAGUCAUAAGCAACAUGAGAAGAGUCCUUUGGGGAUUUAAAGUAAUAACAAGCCCAGUUCAAGCAUCAAGUCUUGUUUCCAGGGGCAAGCAUGUGGCAUAGCAGGUUAAGCUACUGCUUAGAAUACCACAUCCCAAAUUGGAACAGCUGGUUGGAUCCCUGCUACUCCAUACUUCUGAUUCAGCUUCCUGCUAAUGGGCCAGGGAGGCAGUGGGAGACGGGUCAAGUGCUUGGAUCCACCACUCAUGGGAGACCAGGAUAGGGUUCUUGCUUACUGGUUUCAGCCUGGCCCAGCCCCUCCUAUUACAGCCAUUUGGGGAGUGAGCCAGCAGGUGGAAGAUCAAUAUCAUUCUCUCUUUCUCUGUCUUCCUUCCUCCCUCCCUCCCUCCCUCUGUCCCUCUGCCUUUCAAGUAAAUGAAUAAAUAAAAUUUAAAAAUUAGAAUUAAAAAAGUCUUGCUUUCUUCCCUGACUCAUUUUGCUGAUAAAUGUAAAUCUUUAGCUAAAGGAAAAAUGUUAAUAAAAUUAAAUUUACCUCAUUUCAAGUGAGAAAGAAUGGAAUGUUAGAGCUGAAAUAGAUCUAAAUACUUAUCUUGGAGAUGAUAAAUGUUCUAAAAUUGUGCCUCUUGAGCAUUUAGGAAUUUACGUAACACUUGUAGACAACUGAGUCCUGAAAAUAAAACUUUAAAUCCA